GCUUAUUUAAGCAAAACGUUAGUGGUAGUUUUCAAAUAAACUUUUUCAAAGCCAAGAGCCCAAGUAACCAAGUUGGCAUAUUCUCAUUCUUCAUCAGAAGUAUCCUCCUCUUUUAAUUUGAAAACCCACCUCUUCAUUUUCCUUUGGCGCAAAAUGACCCCUGAAACUCAUGUGGACAUGAUCAAUGCAUCCGAGAAGGCUCCUAAGGAGAGAGCCUACGUGACGUUUUUGGCAGGAAAUGGAGACUACGUGAAGGGAGUGGUGGGAUUAGCAAAGGGUUUGCGGAAGGUCAAAAGUGCGUAUCCUCUUGUUGUUGCUAUGUUACCUGAUGUGCCUGAAGAACAUAGAGAGAUCUUGAGGUCUCAAGGAUGCAUUGUGCGUGAGAUCGAGCCUGUUCAUCCUCCAGAUAGCCAAGAUGCAUACGCAAGGGCUUAUUACAUUAUUAACUACUCAAAACUGCGAAUUUGGAAUUUUGAAGAGUACAACAAGAUGAUCUACUUGGACGCAGAUAUUCAAGUCUUUGGCAAUAUCGAUGACCUCUUUGAUAUGCAAGAUGGCUAUUUACAUGGCGUGUUGAGUUGUUUCUGUGAGAAAAUAUGGAGUUACACUCCUCUCUACUCGAUCGGCUAUUGUCAAUAUUGUCCUGAGAAGGUCGUGUGGCCCGCCGAGAUGGAAUCUGCUCCUCCCUCUCCAUACUUCAAUGCCGGUAUGUUUGUAUUUGAGCCUAAUCCUUUGACGUAUGAGAGUCUCCUUCAGACCCUCCAGGUCACACCUCCUACACCAUUUGCGGAGCAAGAUUUUCUCAAUAUGUUCUUUGGGAAGGUCUUUAAACCGGUAUCUCCGGUAUACAACCUGAUUUUGUCUGUGCUUUGGCGCCAUCCGGGGAAGGUUGACUUGGAGAGUGUCAAAGUUGUUCACUACUGUCCACCUGGAUCCAAGCCAUGGAGGUACACAGGAGAAGAACCUAACAUGGACAGAGAAGACGUCAAAAUGUUAAUUAAGAAAUGGUGGGAUAUCUACAAUGACGAGUCUCUUGAUUUUAAACCGAAAAGCCCUGCAGAUUUGGAAGCAACCGUUUUGGAAUCAACAAUUAUAGCUUCGGUAACCGAAGCACCACUUUCCUACUCUCCUGCUGCACCUUCUGCCGCUUGAGAAAUCGGAAACGCAAGUACCACAAGAAUGUAUGUUUGAAUCAAGUUGGUGUGUUUUUGAUAUAUUCUCAUUUUUUGUAUUUGUUUGGUGUGGUG